CGUUCACCCGACACCCCUAGCUUGGCUCAUCCAUCCAUACACACCUGGGACACGCCAUCUCAACAUGAUACUUCACAACAUCACGGUCAGGCCCAAAACACUACCGCAGAGCAGGCAUCCGCCGACCAUUCAGGCCGCAACUCACAGCAACCACCGCAUAACGGCAACAGACGGGAUGACUUUGAACAACUCGCCCUUCUAGCCCACGCGCUACAGUCCGACCCUUUGCAAGAAUCCUCUUCAGCUGCUUCAGGCCGAAUUAAUCUAUCUGGGCCCAGCGAUCGAAGGAACAGUGGCUACCAGAAUCCCGUCCCACAACCCCUUGGCGUGGCCGAACCGAACGGCUCCUACGGCACGUUGAUGUUGGGUAAAGGAGGUCGGUCCAAGUACCUGGGCCCGACGGCCGGCAGUGAAUGGUUGAAAGAGUCGGAAACCCAAGACGCAUCGGACAGCCUCCCGGUGACUCGCGCUCCUUCCCCCAAGAUCCAAGAUUCGGUUCCAACCCAGCCUUGUCGCUUGACUCCCGGUACCACUCCCAUCGCCUUUCCGUUCAAUGCGGCAGCCUCUCACGUCAGCACUCGGGAGCUGCUUUCCCGCCUCCCAGCAAAGGAGGAGGCGGAGACAUUGGUGGGAUCGUACUAUCGCUAUUGUGCUUGGCACCAUGAUGUUGCUCCCAAGGCCAGUUUCCAGAAGACAUUCGACCGCGUCUAUAAGUUUGCGGAGGGGGCGUCCGUGUCUCCACGGGUCAAUCCGCAGGAGAUUGCGCUGGUGUUCAUCGUUCUGGCUCAAGGCACCUUGUUCAACAUUGAAAUGCCUAACUAUGAUCCAUCGGCUGAGGACUGGCUGCAUCUCUCGGAGUUGGCUUUGGUAAAAGGGCGCUUCCUGUCCAACAACAUGGUCGCCGGACUGCAAACUUUACAUCUGAUGGCGCAUCUGCAUUUACAUUUAGAUAAAGGGGGUCGAGGUGACAAUGCCUGGCCGCUCUGGGGUCUGGUCAUGCGGUUAGUUCAAGCGAUGGGUAUGCAUCGGGACGGUGCCCGCUGGAAUCUUCCGCAGGAUGUGAUUGAAGAAAGACGCAAGGUGUUCUGGGAGCUGAACGCCGCCGACACCUUCCAAGCACAUUGCUUCUCAAGGCCAUGCGCUAUCAAUCCGGAGCAUUGCGACGUCGCAUUUCCUUCCGAGCCGGCGAACACAACCGGCGAAAAGAGCUACUCGAUCCUUCGAUUUGAGCUGUCCCAGAUUUCGUCCGAAAUUCUCCAUAUGGCGAUGAAGGUGCACAAACCACCCUACUCUGCUGUCACCGACCUAGACAUUAGACUCGGCGAAUUCGAGCGCAAUCUGCCGUUCUCCCUUCGGUGUCGAGCCGCGUUCCUGUCAAUGCCCUCUCGCUACCCUCACGUCGACGCGGCAACGGAGGCAUCGCCCGAACCAUCCCGCAGGUCGAUGACCAUUUCUUUUCAGCAAAUGAAUCUAGCGCUCAACAUUUCAGAGACGAUCAUCAACCUCCAUCGACCAUAUUAUGCGAAAGCACUGUACGAUAUCAACGACCGGAUGAAAUCCGUAUACGCCCCUUCGUUCUUGACGGUCAUAGAGCGUUGCGCCAUCAUUAUCGCAAUCGUCGACGACAUUCACACCCGCUUCCCGGCGGUCAGCACCAGGCAAUGGAACUUCUGGUAUCACGUCUUCGGCUCCGCCCUCUGCCUGGGAACCCUCGUGCUGCGCGACCCCAGAAAUCCCAUGGCCACCUUCGCCCUAACCCAAUUAGACGCCGCGAUCAACCUCUUCACCUCCUUGAUCCAACACGGCGCCAACACCCCCCGCUACGGUCGGAAUCUGCAGUGGCUAAUGAAGCUCCGCGCGCGGGCGUCGGCCAAAAUCGCGUCCGCGUCGGCGCAGCCAGAGGCUCCGAAUGAUGCGGUCCGGCGGGAGGACCGGGAGGACAGCGAGGACGUCGAGCUGCUGGGCUGGCGGACGCGACUGAUCGAGCGGGCGGGUCAGGGCCGCCAGACGAUCCGGACGACGAUCCAGCUGGCGGAUGAGACGCCCACCGAUUCGCCGCAUGGUAUUGACGUAGGCUCUAAUCCGUCGCCAAAUGACCUUCACCAUCCUUUUGGCAUGCUGCAGGGUGAUAGUUCGAUGAUUAUGCCGGGCUCGUCGUUGCCGAUGGUGACGCCGGGUUCGACUAAUGAGCUGUUGCAGGACUUCUGGGAUCCGAUGCUUCUGCAGGAUUUAUUGGGGAGUAUACCGCUGGGCUAGUUGGGUCGUGCCAGGCCCUACGGGGUGCACUGGUUUGUAUUAUGUAGCUGCUACUGACCUGCAUAUGCCUCUUGGGUGAAUUAGCAUCCUCCGGAUAGGGUGAGGUGCACUUUUCCCAACUCUCUCGCUUACUCUUCCACGUCGU